AUGGCUUCCAUUGUUUCAUCGCCCUCCACCACCAUUUCCACCACCGCCACCCCUCGUUCCACCUCGCAUUUCAUUCCUUUCAAGACUGCACUUAGUCCCUCGACCAGAAAGAUUAGCCAUAAAAUAUCUUGCAAAACCAUUGAUGGCGAUCAAGAAUCUUCAUCCGGAAAGUUUGAUAGGAGAAAUUUGCUUAUUGGGUUAGGAGGACUAUACGGCGCCACCAGCCUUGGUGCUAGUCCCUUUGCCUUUGCAGCCCCUAUCUCCGCCCCGGACGUCACAAAAUGUGGUCCAGCAGACUUACCUCAGGGCGCUGCACCCACAAAUUGCUGUCCCCCACCCACCGGAGAAAUACUAGAUUUCAAGUUUCCUCCACCACCCACCACCAUGCGGGUGCGGCCAGCCGCCCAUCUAGCCGACGAGGCUUAUAUUGCCAAAUUUAACAGAGCCGUCGAGCUCAUGAGGGCUCUUCCUGACGACGAUCCACGCAGUUUCAGACAACAGGCCAAUGUCCAUUGCGCUUACUGCGAUGGUGCCUAUGAUCAAGUCGGAUUUCCAAAUCUUGAACUUCAAGUCCACAAUUCAUGGCUCUUUUUUCCAUUCCAUAGAUAUUAUUUGUACUUCUUUGAAAGAAUCUUGGGAAAAUUAAUCGAUGAUCCAACUUUUGCCAUGCCAUUCUGGAAUUACGAUGCACCUGGUGGCAUGCAUUUACCGGCGAUUUACGCCAAUUCAAAUUCUUCCCUCUACGAUCCACUCCGAGACAGAGCUCAUCAGCCUCCAGCGGUUAUCGAUUUGAACUUCAGCGGCAGCGAUGCCAACACCGGCGAAGCCCAACAAACCUCCAGAAAUCUCACAAUCAUGUACAGGCAAAUGGUAUCCAAUUCCAAGACUCCCCGGCUGUUUUUCGGCAGCCCCUACCGGAGCGGCGAUGAUCCUAGCCCCGGCUCCGGAUCAAUUGAGAACAUUCCUCAUGCUCCUGUCCAUGUUUGGACCGGUGAUCGGACCCAGCCUAAUACUGAGAACAUGGGGAAUUUCUAUUCAGCCGGAAGGGACCCUAUAUUUUUUGCUCAUCACUCAAAUAUUGAUAGAAUGUGGACUCUAUGGAAAGCCCUCGGAGGAAGGCGUCAGGACAUAACAGAUCCUGAUUUUCUCGAUGCUUCAUUCGUUUUCUAUGAUGAAAAUGCAAAAAUGGUACGUGUUAAGGUUCGAGAUUGUCUAGACCACACUAAACUUGGAUAUGUGUACCAAGAUGUGGAAGUUCCAUGGCUAAAAUCUCGUCCAAAACCUCGUAUUUCUUCCAUUGCAAGGAAAUUAAAGAAACUCGUCCACGCAAAUGCUGCUGAUGCCCCAAGUCCUAAGGACAUCUUCCCUGCAAAACUAGAUCAGGUAAUAAAAGUCAUGGUGAAGAGGCCAAAGAAGAAGAGGAGUAAGAAAGAGAAAGACGAAUUGGAGGAGAUAUUGAUCAUACAAGGGAUCGAACUCGAAAGAGACGUGUACGCGAAAUUUGAUGUGUUUAUUAACGACGAAGAUGACGAAGAAAGUACGCCGGAUAACACUGAAUUUGCCGGAAGUUUUGUAAAUGUGCCGCAUAAGCAUAAGCAUGGGAAGAAGAUAAAGACUAAUCUGAGGUUAUCAAUAACUGACAUUCUUGAGGAUCUGGAUGCUGAAGACGACCAGCAUGUUUUGGUGACUUUGAUUCCAAAGAGCUUCGGCGAUUCCAUCACUGUCCAUGGAAUCAAGAUUGAACUUGAUGAUUGA